GUGAGCGUCCGGCCCCGGACUUCCGGUGGGCGGGCGUUGCCGGGCCGGGGCUUCGGACGGGCGGGCUGGGGUCGCACGUCCGCCGCCGCUCCCGGCUCCCCCCGGCCCCGGCUCUCCCGCCCUCCGGUUCCCCCGUAUCUCCGUUCCCCCUCUAACGACAGUGCCUCCCCGCGAAGCGCGAGGCCUCUGCGACGGCCGCCGGGCGAGGCCGCACCGUUUAUCCUGAAGAUGAAGGGGAGCCCCCUAGUGCAACGGACUAUUUAAGGAAGAGGACUUUUUUCUUUUUGUAAACAUAGUAUUUAUUGGCUUCUAAUAACUGGGUCAAAGAUGAAUCCAGGGAACCCUUUUGGUGGGCAGCAGCCUAGUGCUUUUGCAGCAUCUUCUAGUAGUGCUGGAGGUACAUUUCAGGCUAAGGCACCAUUUCGAUUUGGUCAACCUUCUGUUUUUGGGCAAAGUAACACAUUAUCUGGGAAGAACACGGUCUUUUCACAGGUACCCAGCUUUGUAGCACCUUCUGGAAUAAGUCAUUCCUCUAAAGAACAAACAUUUGGCCUCACCCAAACCUCAAGUGCUGGACUCUUUUCUGGACUUGAACACACUCCUUUUGUAGCUACAUCUGGGCCUUCAAGUUCACCUGUGCCUGGAAACCCAGGAUUUAAUCUCAAAUCAUCCACCAGCAUUGGGGGUUUCCCAAGCACUUCUACUUUUGGACCAGAAGCUGGAGAAAUAGUGAGUUCUGGCUUUGGGAAAACAGAAUUCAGCUUUAAAACUCUGGAAAAUGCAGUGUUCAGACCAAUCCUGGGGGCUGAGUCUGAGCCAGAAAAAACACAGAGCCAAGUUACUUCUGGAUUUUUUACAUUUUCCCAUCCAGUCAGUAGUGGACCUGGCAGUCUAACGACCCCUUUUUCUUUUCCUCAGGUGACAAGUAAUUCAGCUACUAAUUCAAAUUUUAUCUUUUCAAAACCAGCUAGUACUAGUAACCCAUCUGCUUUUGCUCCUGCUUUAUUAAACCAAAAUGUAGAGGAAGAGAAGAGAGGUUCUAGACCAGUGUUUGGAGGUUCUAGUAGUAGCUUCAGUAGCUUCGCCAUAUCUUCAGGGUCUUUAGGAGAACCCUUUCCUGCUAGCAAAACAAGUGCCCGGCAGGGGUGUGAAGAAGCUGUUUCCCAAGUGGAGCCACUUCCCAACCUCAUGAAGGGACUGAAAAGGAAAGAGGACCAGGACCGGUCACCAAGGAGACAUGGCCAUGAGGCAGCAGAAGACUCUGACCCUCUGUCCAGGGGUGACCAUCCUCCAGAUAAACGACCUGUUCGCUUAACUCGGCCCCGGGGAGGCACUUUGUUUGGCCGGACGAUAAAGGAUGUCUUCAAAAGCAAUAAAGAAGCCGGCCGUCUGAUCAACAAGGAGUCUAAAAAGGAGAGCUGUUUUGUGGAGUCUGGGGAAAGUGAACCAUCUCGAGGGAGUCAGUCUGUCCUGGCACCUUCCCGGCUUCCAGGUGUGAAUAAAGAGGAAGAAACUGAAAGCAGAGAUAAAAAAGAAGAUUCUCUGAGGGGAACUCCUGUGCACCAGAAAAGAAGUGAGAGCACAGACAGUCUUGGAGGUUUUUCUCCCUUAGAAGCCACGGCUAUCCAGUGCAAGAACAUCCCUGAUAAUCUCAAUGACAGAGCCAUUUUGGAGAACUACUUCAGUAAAGUUGCUAAAGUGCAGCGCAUCUUCACCAGGCGCAGCAGAAAGCUUGCAGUAGUGCACUUUUUUGAUCAUGAAUCUGCAGCUCUGGCUCGAAAGAAAGGGAAAAGUUUACAUAAGGAUGUAUCUAUUUUUUGGCACAAGAAGAAAAUCAGUCCCAACAAGAAACCCGUUUCCCUGAAGGAGAAGAAACUCGGUGACAGUGAAACUAGCCAGGGCAUGGAGGAUGCAUCCUUCCAGCACUCUUCGCUGGGCAAGCCUGUAAUGAGGGCAGCAACUGGCAGCCUCCUGAAUAAGAGCUCUCCAGUGAAGAAGCCAAGUCUUGUGAAGGCCCACCAAUUUGAGGGAGACCCCUUUGACUCUGGGUCUGAGGGCUCUGAGGGCCUUGGGCCAUGUGUGUCCUCUCUCAGCACUCUGAUAGGCACCAUGGCUGAGACAUCAGAGGAUAAGUACCGCCUGCUUGACCAGAGAGACAGAAUCAUGCGGCAAGCUCGGGUAAAGAGGACAGAUCUGGACAAAGCAAGGACUUUCGUAGGGACGUGCCCUGAUAUGUGUCCCGAGAAGGAGCGUUAUAUGCGGGAGACUCGGAGCCAGCUGAGUGUGUUUGAAGUGGUCCCAGGGACUGACCAGGUAGACCAUGCAGCGGCUGUGAAGGAGUACAGCCGCUCCUCUGCCGACCAGGAGGAGCCCCUGCCGCACGAGCUCCGGCCCUCGGCAGUCCUCAGUCGGACCAUGGACUACCUUGUGACCCAGAUCAUGGACCAGAAGGAGGGCAGCCUGCGGGACUGGUAUGACUUUGUAUGGAACCGCACACGAGGCAUACGGAAGGACAUCACACAGCAGCACCUCUGUGACCCUCUGACGGUUUCCCUGAUUGAGAAAUGUACCCGGUUUCACAUUCAUUGUGCCCACUUCAUGUGUGAGGAGCCCAUGUCCUCCUUUGAUGCCAAGAUCAACAAUGAGAACAUGACCAAGUGUCUGCAGAGCCUGAAGGAGAUGUACCAGGAUUUGAGGAGCAAAGGGGUCUCUUGUGCCAGCGAGGCGGAGUUCCAGGGCUACAACGUUCUGCUCAAUCUCAACAAGGGAGACAUCCUAAGAGAAGUGCAGCAGCUCCAUCCUGAUGUCAGAAACUCUCCCGAGGUGGGCUUAGCUGUCCAAGCUUUUGCUGCACUGAACAGCAAUAAUUUUGUGAGGUUUUUCAAACUGGUCCAGUCGGCUUCUUAUCUGAGUGGCUGCCUAUUACACUGUUACUUUAAUCAGAUCCGCAGGGAUGCUCUUCGGGCACUUAAUGUUGCCUACACAGUGAGCACUCAGCGAUCAACUGUCUUCCCGCUGGACAGUGUGGUGCGUAUGCUCCUGUUCAGAGAUGGCCAAGAGGCCACGGACUUCCUCAGCUUCCAUGGCCUCACUGUGUCUGAUGGCUGUGUCGAGCUGAAUCGGUCUGCAUUCCUGGAACCAGAGGCACUGUUCAAGGCCAGGAAGUCAGUAUUUAUUGCCAAGAAGCUGAUGGUGUCUGUUGGGGAAAUUGUGAAUGGAGGGCCACUGCCCCCAGUCCCUCGCCACGCUCCUGUGUGCAGUUUCAACUCCCAGAACAAGUAUAUUGGGGAGAGCCUGGCUGCGGAGCUGCCUGUCAGUCCUCAGAGGCCCUGUGCUGAUGUAGCAGGUGGCAGAGAAGAGGACUGUGAGGCAGAGCCGAGUGUGCCACUCCCAGGGCUCCUUACACAGUCUCCUCCUGGCCCUGUACACGCCCUUGCCUCCCUGCCUCAUGCCCCAGCACUGACUCCAGCCGUGGCAUCCAGCCUCUUCCAGCCCUCCACUCAGCUGGAGCUAAUGCCACCAAAGCCUGCACCCACAUAUUCUGAUGCGGACCUGGCAGCAGUGGUGGAUGAGCUCAUCCAGGAGGCUCUUCAGGGCGACUGUGAGGAAGUUGGCAUUGCGGGGGCGGCCUAUGUGUCCGCAGCCCUGGGUGUUUCUAAUGCUGCCAUGGAGGAUUUGUUAACAGCUGCAACUGUGGGCAUUUUGAGGCAUGUUGCAGCUGAAGAAGUGGCUAAGGAGAGGGAGAGAAAAGAGGAGGAGACCCGGAGGGCUGAAGAGGAAAGGUUGAAACAAGAAAGAGAGCUGGUGUUAACUCAGCUGAGCCAGGGCCUGGCUGCAGAACUGACGGAACUCAUGGUGACAGAGUGUGUGUGGGAAAUCUGUGCCGAGGAAUUGAAGUUUGCAAUGGAGACAGAUAAGAGAGUCCGAAUGGCACGUUGCUCUGAGGAUGUCUGUGCCCACCUGGUCAGCUUGUUUCUUGCUGAGGAAAUUUUCCAGAUUGCAAAGGAGACACUCCAGGAACUUCAGUGCUUCUGCAAGUACCUACAGAGGUGGAGGGAAGCCGUUGCAGCCCGGAAGAAACUGAGGCGCCAGAUGCGGGCCUUCCCAGCAGCACCUUGCUGCGUGGAUGUGAAUGACCCCUUGCAGGCGCUGGCACCCAGUGCUGAGUGCCCCAUUGCUGAACAGAACCUGGCCAAGGGCCUGCUGGAUCUUGGCCAUGCAGGGAAAGUGGGCAUCUCCUGUACCAGGUUGCGACGGCUCAGAAAUGAGACAGCUCACCAGAUGAAGGUUCAGCACUUUCACCAGCAGCUGCUCAGCAAGGCAGCCUGGGCGCCUCUGGACCUGCCAUCCUUUGUGGCUGAGCACUUCCCUGUGACCCGGGAGCAAGUGUUUUGGAAACUAGUGCUAGUCUUACCUGAUGGAGAAGAGCAAUCUCCAGGGAGUCCUGGCAGAAUCCUAACAAAUUGGCUAAAGGUCAAGUUCAUGGGAGAUGAUGGUGUGGCGAGUGAUAGGUGCCGUAGUGCUGGGGAGAUGGAGACCCUCGCCAUUGCUAACGCACUCAGCAGCAAAGGGGGUCAGACAGUGUCUGUGAAUGUGUGCAUAAAGGUGGCCCAUGGUACUCUCAGUGAUGGCGCCCUGGAUGCCGUGGAGGCCCAGAAAGACCUCUUGGGAGCCAGUGGGCUCAUGCUGCUGCUUCCCCCCAAAGUGAAGAAUGAAGACACAGUAGAAGAGGAUGUGUACAGGCUGUCGGCCUUGCUGCAGCUGAAGCAGCUCCUGCAGGCUAAGCCUUUCCAGCCUGCACUCCCGCUGGUAGUUCUUGUUCCCAGCUCUAGACGACAUGCUCUUGGGAAAGAAGUGGAAGAUGGUUUGAUGCUACAGGAUUUGAUUUCCGCUAAAUUGAUUUCAGAUUAUAUUGUUGUUGAGAUCCCUGAUUCUGUCAAUGAUUUACAAGGCACGUUGAAGGUUACUCACGCAGUAGAGUGGCUGGUCUCUCACUGCCCCCAAGCCCUGGACCUCUGCUGCCAGACUCUCAUUCAAUAUGUCGAGGAUGGCCUUGGCCAUGAGUUUAGUGGCCGUUUUUUCCAUGAUAGAAAGGAGCGGCGCCUGGCUGGCCUGGCUUCCCAGGAGCCCGGCGCCAUUGUGGAGCUCUUCAACAGCGUCCUGCAGUUCCUGGCCUCUGUGGUAUCCUCAGAGCAGCUUUGUAACCUCUCCUGGCCUGUCACUGAGUUUGCUGAGGCAGGAGGCAGUCAGCGGCUUCCUCACCUGCACUGGAACUCCCCGGAGCACCUGGCCUGGCUAAAGCAGGCUGUACUUGGGUUCCAGCUUCCUCAGUUGGACCUUCCGCCCCCAGGAGCUCCCUGGCUCCCCAUGUGCUCCAUGGUCAUCCAGUAUGCCUCCCAGAUCCCCAGCUCACAGCAGACGCGGCCAGUGCUCCAGUCCCAGGUGGAAAACCUGCUCCGCAAGACCUACUGCCAGUGGAAGGGCAAGAGCCUCUCCCUGAGGCCGGGGGCAGGGCCCUCAGUCGCCGAGGUUCCCUGGGACGACGUCAUUGCCUUGUGCAUCAACCACAAGCUGAGGGAUUGGAUACCCCCUAAGCUCCCUGUCAUGUCAGAGGCACUGAGUGAAGAUGGUCAGAUAUGUGUAUAUUUUUUUAAAAACGAUUUGAAAAAAUUUGAUGUUCCUUUGUCAUGGGAACAAGCCAGAGUGCAGACACAGAAGGAGCUACAGCUGAGUCAGCGACGUUUAGGGAUAAAGUCUUAUCAUCCUUCUGCAAGCAAUUUUCCUACUCCAUUGCUUCAAGUGCACCAGAAAGGGAAGAGAAGCACAGAGCGUGGCCCAAAGGGGAGUCCCAGUGCAGAGGACCUGAUGCGCGGAGCCUCUGCGGAGGAGCUCCUGAUACAGUGUCUGUCCAGCAGCCUGCUGCUAGAGAAGGAGGAGAACAAGAGGUUUGAAGAUCAACUUCAGCAGUGGUUGUCUCAGGACUCAGGAACAUUUACAGAUUCCACUUCCCUUCCCCUCUACCUUCCUCAGACGCUAGUAUCUCUUCCUGGUAAUAUUGAGUCCAUGGCGAAAGCAUCUACAGUAACUGGUCCACAGACUGCAAAGACGAGGGAGCAGCUGCAGCUCUCAGAGACAGUGGGCACCUCUCUGACUGAACGGCUGAAGCACCUGGAAAGGCUGAUCCAGAGCUCCAGGGAAGAGGAAGUUGCCUCUGAGCUCCAUCUUUCUGCACUGUUGGACAUGGUAGACAUCUGAGCAGCCUGACCAAAGAGCUGGUCUUCUUGCCAGAAUAGUUUCUAAACUAUGUUUCUAAAAUUAUGUUAUUUCCAGAUGCUUGAUGUGCUUCUGGAAAUGUGAUUACUAAUCAUGCAAAUAAACCAUCUGAAUCUCUAAUGAAA